GCUACGCAAUUUCACCCACUCAUUCUAACAAACUCCCACACUCUCUAUAUAAAUAAAUUGGAAAUAAAUUUUGGUUAACAAUCAUAAAUCCAAUCCUGAAGAAGAGAGCAGCUGGCUGGCUAGCUUGGCUCCCCGACAACAAGAAUUGCAUCACACAAUGGAGGUGGAGAGGGUGCAAGCGGUGGCGAAUGGCCUCUCAAAAUUGAUGGGCACGAUUCCGGCGGAGUACAUCCGGUCGGCGGAGGAGCAGCCGGCGGUGACGACGGUGGAGGGGGUUGAUCUUGAAGUGCCGGUGAUCGACAUGAGCGAGGAGGCGGCGGCGGUGGCGGAGAAGAUAGGGGACGCGAGCCGGGAGUGGGGGAUAUUCCAGGUGGUGAAGCACGGGAUACCGGACGAGGUGAUAAGGGAGCUUCAGAGGGUGGGGAAGGAGUUCUUCGAGCUGCCGCAGGAGGCGAAGGAGGCGGUGGCGAAGGACGGCGGAAUCGAGGGGUACGGAACGUCGUUGCAGAAGGACAUGGAGGGGAAGAGAGGGUGGGUUGACCACUUGUUUCACAGAGUUUGGCCGCCUUCAAGUGUUAACUACAGAUUCUGGCCUAAAACCCCUUCUUCCUAUAGGGAAGCAAAUGAGGAAUACGCCAAGAGACUAGAAAAGGUGGGAAAUGAGUUGUUGAGAAGCUUAUCAAUCAGCCUGGGCCUGGAAGGCCAUGAGCUGAAAGAGGCUGUAGGAGGUGAAGACUUAGAAUACCUAUUGAAAAUCAACUAUUAUCCACCCUGCCCUCGACCAGACUUGGCGCUCGGAGUGGUGGCUCACACCGACAUGUCUGCCAUCACCAUUCUUGUACCAAAUGAAGUCCAAGGUCUCCAAGUCUUCAAAGAUGAACAUUGGUACAAUGUUAAGUAUAUCCCCAAUGCCCUUAUCAUCCACAUUGGUGACCAAAUUGAGAUCCUCAGCAAUGGAAAAUACAAAAGUGUGUUGCACAGGACGACAGUGAACAAGGAAAAGGCAAGAAUGUCUUGGCCGGUUUUCCUGGAGCCACCACCUGAAUUUGAAGUUGGUCCUAUUCCCAAGCUGAUUGAUGAGAAGAAUCCAGCAAAAUACAAGACCAAAAAGUACAAGGAUUUUGCUUAUUGUAAGCUAAACAAGCUUCCUCAGUAAUGAAGUGUCUGGAUUUUUAAUUGCAUUUCUAUUAAUCAAAUCUUGUAAUAAAAUCAUUUUGAGCCUGUGUCCUCGGUGACCUUGUACUGAACGUUUCUAUUAUUUCUUUUUUAU